AUGACCCCUUCCGGCAUCCUCUUCAUGGACCAAAACGUUCUCCUCACCCCGAAGGAGAAAAACAAACUUAGAAAGCCGGUGGUGGAGAAGAUGCGCCGAGACCGCAUCAACAACAGCAUCGAGCAGCUCAAGGUCCUGCUGGAGAAAGAAUUCCAGAGGCACCAGCCGAACUCCAAGCUGGAGAAAGCGGAUAUCCUGGAGAUGACAGUGGAGUAUCUGAAACAGCAAAGCCAGCUGCAGGCAACAGUGGUAGGGCUGGCCCAUCAAGACACUCAGGUGGACUUCAAAGAAGGAUACUCCAGGUGCUUGCGGGAAGCCUUCCAGUUCAUGUCUCUUCACAAAGUCCACGGUGAGACCGAGGCCAAGCUGCUGAGCCACUUCCAAAGGAAACAGCUUCUCACUGCUGAAGCAACCGGCUCUCCUUCGGCGAGGAAGCACGCCUCUUCCAAGAACGUCCAUACCCUGUGGAGGCCCUGGUAG